AUGCCGCCACCAAACAAGAAGCGGCGCGUCAUGCCGGCGCCCAAACUCACGGGACCUCGACCGGAGGAAAUCAGCUUCGACCUCUCUGCAAGGAAAGAAUACCUGACAGGCUUUCACAAACGCAAAGUACAGCGGACGAAAGCCGCACAAGAGGCUGCAGAGCGCCGUGCAAAAGAAGAGAAACGACUACAACGGAACAAGCUCCGGGAUGAGCGGAAACGUGAACUCGAAGAGCGCGUAAAAGUUGUGGAUGCGUAUAUGAAACCAGCGCUAGGAGAAGGUGGAAGCGGUGACAUAGAAAGCGACAGCGACGGAAACGACGAAGCGGAUCAGGUCUCCGACAACCAGCCUCUGGAAAAGAUCGAUCACGAGGCAGAGUACGUGGACGAGGACAAAUACACAAGCGUCGUGGUUGAAGAGGUGGGUGUGGAUAGAGAUGGGUUUGUCAGAGCAGGAGGGUCUGAACAGUCUGACGACGAGCCGGCAGCCGAUGAUAGCACAGCUGGAGACCAGACGGUCGGCACGAGGCCCACGCCCACAGUGAAGCGGAAAUGGACGCACGACAAGCCUAAAGACGCUGCAUCGAAAGCGAAAAUGAAGCGAAAGAAGUUUCGGUACGAGAGCAAAGCCGAGCGAAAAGCAGAGAGGGACAAACAGAAAGCAAAGAACAGCAAACAAGCGAAGGCUCGACGAGCUCAGUAA